AAGGCCCUUCUUUAAACACCUCACCUCCAUCCUUUUCUCUAUAAGAGCGGAAAACCCUUUUGGCUAAAGCCAUGCCCAUGAACCAUUUCUUCCCUUCACCAUAUACCAUCAACUCUUCCAUUCCCUGCUCUUAACCCUACUCAACCUCCAUAAACAUCACAUUGGCAACAUCUUCCCCCUUCAGUCUUCCUUCUUCAUCCUACCACAUUCAUUCCUUUCCUAUGUCCACCAAGAGAGAUCACUCCACUAACACUUAAUUUGUUCCUCCUUUCUUGGUCACCUUCCUAGUCAAAAAUCAAAACCUCCCUUCUUCCAUCUCGGAGCUCCAUUGAGUCCACCGUGUUUGCAUGACAGGCUACUGCCAAGUCCAUCACACCGCCAUCAAGGCAAGGCCGUAUAAGACCCAGUGUUUAUUAGUAGUAUGAUGCAUUUGGUAAUUGAGUGAAUCUGAUUUGUCUGUUUGAAGACGUUCGCUGCAUGAGAUAUCUUGAUAUGUAUGCAAAGGAACAAAAGAAGAGACCAGUCAUCAAAAGGAAGUAAGGGUAUGCCUGUAGGUUAAGCUGUAGCUAGGAAACCCUUAAUCGAUGGUAUUUAAUUUCUUUCCUUGUGGAUUCAUAGGGGGAGGAUCCAUGAUCCCUAGCCCAAAAAGUUAUGCUCGGAUGAUGGUGGAGGUCAGGAAGAAACAUACGACUAUGACCAUCCUCAUAUUUUCUCUCGGAGAGGUUGAGAGAAUUCAGCCUCAUGAGGAUGACUUUGUGGUAGUUAUGAUAUGUAUUAUUAUUCAUGGAGGGCUUCAAUGUAAAGAGUUCGGGGAGUCAUUCAAUCGAAGCAUUUUAGUCUUCUCAUCCUAAUUGAAAAAUUCAAAAGACGAGUAUCUCUUUUUACAUAUUUGAGAUGAAUCUCUUUUUUUCUUUAAUGUCCAAUAAGAUAAUAAAACUCGGACUGAUGAACAUAAACGCAUGUGUGGCCAACUUCUAAUCUUCUAUCACCUAGUUAGUUCCAACUUAUGAGGUGUUUCAUGCAUGUGAGUCCAUGGGCCGGAUGCCCAAUCUACGUCCUUUGCAUACCCCUAAGCGGGAGUUGGGUUUGGGGCCCCCCCUAUGGGGCUCCGCGCCCCACCUCUUUUUUUUUAACCCAUAAAUGCCCUACGGAACUUAAACUUCCGUAUUCAAUAAAAUAGAAUACGGAAGUUAAAAUUCCAUAUUAUAACUCUGACAGUCAUCACCUUUUCCACCAUUACUCCUUCCUCCACCAACCCCUCCACCAUUACUCCUCCGUCACCAACCCCUCACCAGCCCCCUUAACCCCCUCAAUGCCUCCAGACCACCCUCUCUCUCACCCUCUCCUACCUCACUUUCAUCCUCACUUCCAUUCUUCCUACCACCACCACCAACUCCUUCAUUGGCAAGCUCUCCACCAUUGGAUGCAAAAAGAUAGCAUUUGAGGGAUGACAGAAUCAUUUUUAUUUCAUGAAUCCCAAUUGAUUGAAGUUGGAUUGAACAAUGCUCAACCUGAAGAGGUGCCACCACCAGCAUUUGUACCCCCGUGUAUAAGUAUAGAUGUCUCGCAUUUAUUUACAACUGAUCAGAUUUUCCCUACCCGUGAUGAUCUUAUCAAUUGGGUUCAUGGAAUUGCGAUUGAAAAUGGAUAUGUUGUGUUGAUCACAAAGUCAGAUAGCGGUGGGAAUGGAAGCAGAAAAGCUUAUGUCAUGUUGGGGUGCGAGAAGCAUGGUAAGUAUGUUCCCUACAGAGACCCUGACCUUGUUGAAGGAACGAGAACACAAAAGACAGAAUGUCCUUUUAGACUAAAAGGACGACCUAUGAAAAAUGACAUAGAUAGAGAUUGGCGGCUAAAGGUGAUGGAAGGUACACACAACCAUGAACCAGCUAGGUCACUACUUGACCACAAUUUUGUUGGUCGUCUAAAUUCCGAAGAGAAGGAGCAAGUGGAAAAAAUGUCAAAGAGUUGGGUUCCACCGAGAAAGAUGCUGUUGACUUUGAAGGAAAACAAUCCUUUAAACUUGACUACCAUAUCUCAGAUUUAUGGUGCUUGCAAGAGGUUAAGAAAAUCCCUCCGCGGGUCAUUGACAGAAAUGCAACACUUGUUGAAGAAGUUGGACGGUGACAAGUACGUCCACUUUGAAAGACAUGAGCCUGGAUCGGAAGUCAUUAGGGAUGUAUUUUGGGCUCAUCCAAAUGCUAUCAAACUGUUCAACACAUUUCCAUAUGUAGUGAUUAUGGAUUGCACAUACAAGACAAACAAAUAUAAAAUUCCAUUGCUUGAGAUUGUUGGACUGACUUCCACAGAUAAGACAUACUCCAUAGCCUUUUGCUACAUUGUUAAUGAGGGCACAGAUGACUACGUUUGGGCACUGGAGUGUAUGAAGUCUCUAUUAGCUGAUCAAGCCAUGUUGCCUAAGGUGAUUGUUACUGACAGGGAUCUUGCCUUAUUGAGUGCUGCUAAGCAAAGCCUUCCCAACACCAGCCAUUUAUUAUGCUUGUGGCACAUCAACAAGUGUGUUUUGGCAAAGUGCAAACUCUAUGUUGGUACAGAUGAUUUUGCUGAAUUGGUUAUGGGGAAGUGGGGAGAGGUGGUGGAUGCUGCAACAGUUGAAGAAUUUGAAGUUCAAUGGAUGCAAUUGUUUAAUAUGUGCAAGGACAAAUACAGCAACUUUACCUCCUAUUGUUCUACUACAUGGUUGGUCCACAAGGAAAAAUUUGCCAAGGCAUGGACAAAUCAUGUGAUGCACUUUGGAACAACAACAAGUAACAGGGCUGAGGGUGCACAUGCCAGUUUGAAGAAGAUGUUGCGGGAUUGCAAGGGUGACCUAGCCACUUCUUGGGAUGCGUCGCAUAGUUUGACAUGUAAUCGACAUACUGAAAUAUUAGCAUCGUUUGAGCGCAGUAUUCACAGAAUUGAUCACAUUUUCAUGUUCCCAUUUUACACAAAUAUUAGAGGAUUUGUGUCAAACAAAUGUCUGCAGCUCAUCGACGAUGAACAUAUAAGAAUGAAGUCCUACGGCGGAUGCGAUUGCUUGUUGAGAGAGACUCAUGGACUACCUUGUGGUUGUGAACUUGCAGGUUAUGAAAGAAUUCCAUAUGAGUCAAUUCAUCCAUUCUGGAAGAGACUGAGUUGGGAGCAUGUACCUGAACCUGUUGCAGAUACUAUCAGCAACCAUAUUUGCGGCAUGAACCAUGGAGAUAUGCAACCAGAAGUUGAGGCAUUGACACAUUAUUUCAGUUCUUUGGAUACUGGAGGGCAGAGUAUGGUAAGGAGGAAGCUUCAAGCUAUCUAUUGUCCUGAAAGCAGUUUACUUUGUACUCCUGAGGUUCAGAUAAGGUCCAAGCGCACUCUUAAGGCGAACGAAAGAAAACCACCCAAGGUUAAAGCAAUAGGAUCCUUGACUCGUGAUCCUUCAGGUUUUGAGCAUGUUGAUAGGGAGAUCAAAGAGGCAAAGAAGGCUUCGCAACCACCAAAGAAGAAGAAGCGUGUUAAGAAGUCUGAUACAAGCUAUUUCAUGGGUCAUUUUCCAUCCUUUUUCCACCCAUAUAUACACACAGUUCAGAAUGUUGAGGACGAUGGUAACUGUGGCUAUAGAGUCAUUGCUGCAUUACUGGGACUACCAUCAGGUGAGGAAGGUUGGCCAUGUGUUAGGGAAGCGUUGAUAGACGAACUUGAACGACACAGAGGAUUGUAUGAUGAAAUGUGGUCCAGACAUGUGGUUAAUGCCUUACAUUCUCGACUCACUCUUCCUCCUGGUCAUCCGGCUACCGAGGAUAAAUGGAUGCAACUGCCAGAGAUGGGAUACCUUGUAGCAACCAGGUUCCAAGUGGUUUUCAUAUCCAUCUCUUCUCAGGGUUGUUGGUCAUACCUUCCACUAAGAGGAGAAGGUCCACCUCCUGUACAUCGUGUUAUAGCUGUUGGUCAUGUGAUAAAUCACUUUGUACAGCUCCAUCUAACUCCUGGACAUUCUAUGCCGCCAAUUGCUCUCCAGUGGGAACAGUAUGUUGAUCCUAUAUCAGUAAGCUGGUGCGUCCCAUAUGUUACACGUUUACACAGGUUCACAUCAGAAUUGGAAGCUUGGUUUGUUACUUUUGGUGUUCCUCUUAGUCACCAAAGCUAUGUAGACAUCACCACAGACUGACACCACACUUUGUGUAAUAUUCAUUUGUAAACGCUCUGUAAUAUUAAUCUGAUGGGCCUUGCCCUUAUGUUGUUCAUUGCUGCUUUUAAUAAUAGUAAUUUGAUGGUCAUUGGUAUAUUGAUGGGCCUUAUGUUACU